AUGAAUUUGCCGGCUCCAGUCCCGUUCGUGUCCAAAGGAGAUAUUGUGGAAAACUGGGUUUUGUGGAAACAAACUUGGAAGAAUUAUGAAUUGGCGAUUGAUCUUGACAAGAAGGAAGAUAAGAAAAGAGCAGCAGUUUUCAAAACAGUCAUUGGAGCUGAAGGGGUGAGAUUGUUACGGCAAAUAGGAGCAGAUGAAAUAACCUCAGUAGAUGACAUAAUAAAACGAUUAGAUGCUGAGAUUAUACCCCAGAAAAACAUCAUAUAUGAAAGGUAUGUUUUUUUCUCAACUGUACAAGAUGAACAAAUGGAUUAUACUAAUUUUAUUCGAAUAUUAAAAGAAAGAUCUAUUAGUUGCGAGUUCAAAGAUUUAAAAGAUGAAAUGAUAAGAGAUCGAUUUGUAGUAGGUAUGAAAGACAAUGAUUUUAGAAAACGACUGUUAAGACAGAGAGAUUUGACUCUUCAAAAAGUAAUUGAUGAAGCGAUGACCGUUCAAGAAACAGAGAAACAAUUGCAAAAAAUGAAACCAGAUUCUAAAUCGGAUUUUAAAUUCGAAGAUGAGAUUGUUAAUAAAUUUGAGAAAUUUAAAUCAACAAAAAUGACUAAAACCAGAAGUGGAGGCAACAUGGGAAUUUGUAGGUACUGUGGGGGAAAACACCCAUUUGAAAAAGAAAAGUGUCCAGCGUAUGGUAAAAAGUGUUUAAAAUGUACAAAAUUCAAUCAUUUCAAAAAUAUGUGUAAAAUGUAUGUAAAGCAAUUAGAAAAAGAGCCCGACAGUUCCAGUGAAACUGACAGUGUGCUUAGUAUUGCUUCUUCAAGGAAAGCACAAAAAUUGUUAGCAGAUGUGAAGGUUAACGGUAUGAUUCUUAAAGCUCAAAUAGAUACGGGUGCGACAUGUAAUGUAAUUGGUUGGAAAGACAUAAGUAAAUGGGAUUGUGAGUCAAAAGUUAGUAAUUCUAGCCAAGUACUAACAUGCUACAAUGGUGAGAAGGAGAUGGUUGAGGAAGGUGUUAUUGCCAUUGCUGAUGACAUCAUGGUGUUUGGAGAAGGAGAUACCAUGGAGGAAGCCUUAAGAGACCAUGACAUAAAAUUGGAGAAAGUGUUACAGAGGGCAGAACAGAGAAAUUUGAAAUUGAACAAGAAAAAAUGCAAAAUUAGGAAAACAGAGAUAGAAUAUAUGGGACACUUAUUUACAAAUAAAGGUAUCAAGCCAGAUCACAGGAAGGUUAAAGCAGUAGAAGACAUGGAAAGACCAGAGAGCGAAUCCCAAAUACGCUCUUUCUUAGGUCUAGUUAAUUACAUGGCAAAAUUUGUACCGGAUUUAUCAACUAUUGCAGCUCCGCUGCGAGAAUCUUUUAGCACGUGGGGUGUUAGGCAAGAGACAGCAUGGAAAACGAUCAAACAGCUGGAUGUUAAAAGGAAUCAAAAGGAGACACUGCAAUUAAGGAAAGUUCCAGAAGGGCCAUGGAUGGAAGUAGCCACAGACAUUCUUGAGUAUGAUAAACAUAAAUAUUUGGUGGUGGUAGAUUAUUUUUCAUCAUUCUUUGAAUUUAAAAGAUUACAUAAUGUCUCAUCUCACAGCACAAUAUCAGCACUAAAACAUAUUUUUGCAAGAUAUGGUGUACCACAGGUGAUCUAUUCAGAUGAAGGUACUAAUUACAGCUCUAAAGAAUUUAAAUUAUUUGCCAGAGAGUGGAAUUUUACAUUGAAAACAUCAUCACCACACCAUCAUCAAUCCAAUGGAAAGGCCGAGUCUGCAGUCAAGCAAGUAAAGAGGCUGUUGAAGCUGAAAGAAAAAGGGGAAGAUGUGGAAGCAGCAUUAAUGGUAUGGAGAAACACACCUACAGCAGGUAUGACAACAAGUCCAGCACAAAGGCUUUUUGGUAGGAGUUUAAGAACUACAUUAUGCAGCACCAAGGAAGGAUUGAAGCAGGAAGUUAACUAUGACACAAUUCAUGAACAGCUAAAUAAAAAAAUGCAAAGAUACAAAAAGACACACGACAGUUCAGCAAAAGAUUUGCCAUCACUCAGAGUAGGUGAAUCUGUUAGAGUGUUAUUAAAUCCCAGUGGGAUAAAUGAUCCAAUAUGGAAACGAGGAGUGGUUUUGAAGCGUUUAGAUUCACGCUCUUACUUGCUGGAAGUAGAUGGGAGAAGAUAUCGCCGAAAUAGAAUCCACCUGAAACAGAGAAAGACAGAGAUAGGCAGUGCUAAGGAUGAAGAAGCAUAUGAAGAUUGGACGCUAGAUGAAAAUAAACCAGAACAGACAGAGAAGAGGUGUAUUGUUGAAGAAGUGGAGCAGGAAGAGGUGGAACCAGAGAAAAAGAAGAAGAUUCAACUAGAAAAGCGACAACAGGAAAAUACAACAGAACAAAGUCAGCAAACGUCCCUGGAAAGAGGUAUGGCAUAUGAAGAGGGCCAUGUUAGUAGGUUUGGAAGAAGGAUUAACAAGCCAAAAAAGCUUGAUCUGUAA